AUGCCACUGAUUGUCAAGGCGAUCCUCGACGAUCUCUCGCUGAGGCUCCUCCCCACUGCACUUCUAUCGUACAACGGAACCGUAUCGGCGAGACAAGAGAUGGAGGCGGCGCCUCUGAGACAGAUUGGGGAAAACCUCAUCAAAGAAGGCGUUGCUUCAGAAAGCAAUAGCACCUCGCAUUGGGCCGCCGAUGCAUUCACAAGUGGGAAACAGUCGCUCGCCCACGGGAUCAGCAUAUCAGGAAACAAGAUGGCGGCUUCAUGA